AUGGAGGCCAGGCUGUUGAGCGCCAUCCUGGGCGUCGUCCUGGUGCAGGUGCAGACAGCCGCGCGGGACCUGGACCUGCAGAAGAUUACAGGAUUCUGGCGGGAAGUAGGAGUAGCCUCCAACCAAAACCUGGCACUAAAGACCCCGAAGAGGCUGGAGGCCUUGUUCCUGACCUGGAGUGGGGACCAGCUGACCGUGAAGGCUGCGUAUAGCAGCUCAGGAAGUUGUGACACAGAAAACAUAGUGGGCUCAGAGACAGACAUUUCAGGGAAAUUCGUUUUUCCUGGCAACAGGGAGAUCCAUGUCAUCGACACGGACUACGAGCACUACGCCAUCCUGCGGUUGUCCCUCCACUGGCAGGGCAAGGACUUCCACGUGCUCAAGUACUUCACUCGCAGCCUCGAGGACGAGGAUGGACCAGGCUUCUGGAGGUUCCGGGAGUUGACAGCAGACACCGGGCUUUACAUGGUGGCUCGGCACGGGAGGUGUGCCAAGCUCCUGAAGGAGGUGAGCCUUCGUCCAGUCUGUGCUGAGCCCCACCUGGCUUCCCGGCCUGAUCGGGGCCCCGGCUCCUCUAGAUCCUGAACCUCCAGGGUGGUGACAACAGGCUGCCAGGGGGGACCCUGGGAGCUGGGUGUAAGGGCAGGGCUGGGCGGAGGGAGCACGGGAAGCCUGGACCUUGGUCCCCCAGUUCCACCCAGCAGGGUGUGCGGGGCUGCUGGAGACUCUGGCCGCUCACAUUCUGCCCUGUGGGGCCCUGUGGGCACCGUCUCGAGCCCCCGUGUCCCGUACAUGCCAACCCAUCACCUGCUCAACCCCUCUGUCUCGACACAGCCGCAGAGAUGGGGACUUUCACCUGCUUUGCAGGUAGAGGAAGUGGGCUGUGCUUUGCUCAAAGCCACACAGCAGCUAGGACACCCGGUUCUGGCUGUGGCCCUGACCGCUGCCCUGGGGUCUUCAGGGCGGGCAGCCCCUGAGCCCCUGUCCUUCUGUGUCGCAGGAGCUGGUCUAGAGGGGCUCCCGUCCCAAGCCAGGAAGCUGGG